GUCACGAUUGAAACGGUCUGAAUAUUGGCCGCAAGGGUACUCGGAACUGAAAAUGGCCUCGUGGACGAUAUAUUCGCUUGACUGCCGGCUUGCCUUGAGCUACAUUCAUCCUUGAUCGUCUCCGAGUGAGCCUCACGCGCGGUAUAAUGGAGACUGACAGCGAGGUCUACGAUGUCAUCAUCAUCGGCGCGGGGCCUUGCGGUCUUGCUACGGCAGCCCGACUACGCGAGCACACGCCAGCCGCGCUCUUUACCGACGAGGAGCACCGUCGGUACCACUGGAUCGGAAAGUACGGCAGCAAAGUCUCGCUCAAGCAUGUCCGAAGCGGCAAAGUGUCCCACAGAGGACUCACACGAUCUCGCCCCGAGUACAAGAUGCUCGUGCUCGAUUCCACGGACGAGUCGUGGUUAGGUCGUUGGAAGCGGCUGUUUCGCACGUACGACAUCUCUCAUCUUCGCAGCCCGAUGCUCUGGCACGUGGACCCCUUGGAUCGAGACUCGCUGCUGGCCCACGCCUACCGCGAAGAGCGCGAGGGGGAGCUCGUCGAGAUCCGCAACUGCGUGGGCAAGGAGAUGAGCAAGCAUGCGAAGAAGAAGGCGGCGGGCAGCAAGGCAUGCGGGAAAAAGCAGGAAGCCAGAGUGGCCAUCAACCUGCGGGAUCACAACGACUACUACACGCCGUCGCAAUCCUUGUUCUGCGACAAUUGCGAGGACGUGGUCUCACGAUACAACCUCGGUGCGGGCUUGGUGAAGAAAGGGGCCCUGCAAAACAUUGACUAUGGCGUGGUCAGGGGUAUUUCCAUCGACGACGAGAAGCUCUUCACUGUGACGGCUGAUGGCGUUCGUCGCUACGCCAAGGUCGUUGUGCUCGCAGUCGGUCCCGCGAAUGGGCCUCAGAUACCUCGUCUGCCCUCGAUGCCCGCGAAUCAAGCUCAGCUGCGGCAGGCCUGUCACAGCAUGCAGAUACAGGCGUUCCCGGACCCCGUCGUCACGUCACGCAUGGAGGCCGGCCGGCCAACGCACGUCCUCGUCGUUGGAGGGGGCCUCACAUCAGCGCAGCUGUCGGAUCUAGCCAUCCGCCGAGGCGUCACCAAGGUCUGGCACAUGAUGCGCGGGCCGUUGCGCAUAAAGCACUUCGACGUGGACCUGCAGUGGAUGGGCAAGUACAAGAACGCCGAGCAGGCGCGCUUCUGGACGGCAGACUCGGACGAGGAGCGAUUGGCCAUCAUCAAGGAGGCCCGUGGCGGCGGGAGCGUCACGCCCUUGUUCAACAAGAGGCUCAAGAAGCACAUCGCGGCAGGCAAGCUGGCGCUCUUUGAGAGGACGUCCCUCAAGGACGCCCGCUUUGAGGAAUCAGCAGACUGCGACGCAGAUGAUGGAGGAGCAGACGCGGGCCGCUGGACGGUGUCGACGGAGCCUCCCGUCGACGGCCUCCCCGCGUUCGACUACAUCUACUUCGCCACGGGCAUCCAGACUGACUUUCGGACGUUGCCGUACCUACAGGGCAUGCUGGAGAAGCACCCGGUCCAAGGCUUCGGCGGGUUCCCGUGCCUGAACGAGGACCUGAUGUGGACGGACGGGGUGCCGCUGUUCGUCAGCGGGAGGCUCGCGUCGCUCCAGCUCGGCCCAGCGGCGCCAAACAUUGGCGGUGCGAAGCUCGGCGCGGAGAGAAUCGCCUGGGCCAUUGAGGACCUGAUCAAGCCGUCCGGAUGGGACGCUGACGGGCGGGAGGAGCAGACGACGAGCGGAGGAGGGAUGGCGGGAUACCUGUCAGGACACGACAACAUGUUUUCGUGUCUUUCCGGCGUCUGAGCCGGUGCAGAGCCCUGGAGCCCGACUUGGCAAUACAUGAGGUAGUCAAAAUAAUUGCGUUAGGCCCCGGAACAGAUGUCCUGGUGAAGACACGAGCUUGGCCCCUCGGGGACUGGCGGAUGCAUCGCCCACCAGACGUACAAGUAGAAGGACUUUAGCCUCCACUAGACCGCCAUCAGCCCUCAAUUACCGUAGAGCUGGUGCUGGCGGCGGCACGGACGGACCGUGUUCACUCAUCAACGGCACUUGGCUCUCGGUGGCGGACGUUAUCCUUGCGUUUCUUUAGCUAUAGAUAGGUUCUUAACGCCGA